AUAACUCAUAAAAAUUUACAGACAUUCUUCCUUCUCUCCAACGUCCCCCUCUCAAACAAGCAAUCAAAUACAAGUAAUUUCCCAGCAAAAAGGGAGGAAAAAGAAAAAAGAAAAAUCCCAUCAAUGCAACCUCAAAACCCCGACGACGAUCUCGAAGAAGAAUCAUGGUCGCCAUCAAUCACCGAUCCAAGACCCACCAACCACCGAAAGGAGCCAUCUUUCUCCCGCUGGUGCGGCGACUACGACGAUGACGCCUCCUCCUUAUGCUUCGACGGGAUCUCGAUCGCCGACUCCUCCUCCUCCUCCGCCGCCGACGCCGAGGAGUUCGAGCUCCCGUUUCUUCCCGCGCUCGCCGACGCCUCCUACUUCAGGCAGCGGAGCUCCGUCGCUGAUCUCAAGGAUCGGCGAUCUACUGCUCAUCACUUCGAUGUUGAGAGUGGGCUCCACCCUACCGAUUCUCAGGCGAAGCUUGAAUCGCUCGAGCACUCGAACCAUCACCCCCACCACCAUCAGCAUUUCUCCGCUGUUAUCGUGAUCAAGACCGCGUGUUACGUCUUGGUUUGGUACACGAUCAGUACUUGCUUGACGCUGUAUAAUAAGACACUUUUAGGGGACAAAUUAGGGAAAUUUCCAGCUCCGUUGCUGAUGAAUACUUUCCAUUUUGGGUUGCAAGCGGUUCUAUCCAAAGCUAUUGGGUUUUUUCAGCAUCGAGGGGCGGAGGCAAGUGUUCCAAUGAGUUGGGGAGAUUACUUAACAAAAGUUGUGCCAACAGCUGUUGGGACAGCAUUGGACGUGGACCUAAGCAAUGCUUCUCUUGUUUUCAUUUCAGUAACAUUUGCAACAAUGUGCAAAUCUGCUUCACCAAUAUUUCUUCUUCUGUUCGCUUUUGCAUUUAGGUUGGAAAGUCCUAGCACUAAGCUUUUAGGUAUCAUAUUAGUCAUCUCUGUUGGAGUUUUAUUAACAGUUGCCAAGGAGACGGAAUUUGAUUUCUGGGGGUUUGUGUUUGUCAUGCUUGCUGCUGUUAUGUCAGGUUUUCGCUGGUCGAUGACCCAGAUUCUCUUGCAGAAAGAUGCCUAUGGUCUGAAGAAUCCCAUCACUCUGAUGAGUUAUGUUUCUCCUCUUAUGGCAGUAAUGACUGCAAUACUCUCCCUUGCAAUGGACCCUUGGCACGAAUUUCAUAAAAAUGUAUAUUUUGAUAGCACAUGGCAUAUAAUGCGGAGUUGUCUAUUAAUGCUUAUAGGAGGGUCAUUGGCAUUUUUCAUGGUUUUAACUGAAUAUAUUCUCGUUUCAGCAACCAGUGCUGUAACAGUCACGAUAGCUGGUGUUGUCAAGGAAGCUGUCACUAUUGUGGUUGCAGUGUUUUAUCUCCACGAUGAGUUUACAUUGUUAAAAGGAGUCGGGCUUCUCACAAUUAUGCUUGGUGUCAGUUUAUUCAACUGGUACAAGUACCAAAAAUUUAAGAAGGGCCAGACUAAUGAAUAUGGAGAAUUGAUGUCCCCUUCUACUGUUACAGCAAAAUAUGUCAUUCUUGAUGGUAUAGACUUUCAAGAUGACGAUACUUGAUUCUUACCGAUACGCCACAUACCUAAUAACUAACAUGCACAAAAGCUUCCACAUUCUUUAAUUCUUUUACACACCUGAGGGAGGCAGUCAGCUCUGUCACCCAAAGUUUGAACGUGUAAAAACAGAAGAUCCUACUACAGUUCUAUGACGCGCAAGAGAGUUUAUCAUAUGCACAAGUGAAAAUCGAGGACCCGAAGGGCCCUGAAAAGUUGGAGGAACUUGUGAAUCCCAUGAACCCUAGAGCUUUAGUUCUUCCACCUUUAAUUUCUUGAUAGUUUCAUAUAAUUCAUCUUAAUUAUUCAUAGUUCAGGAGCUCUCUUCCCCACCAAAUUUUGUCAGUUGAAUGAUUGUUAGUGUACAGUCCAUAACAUGCUGUAAUUCACAGGGAGAAAUAUUUGCUACACGAUUUUUAUAUUCAUUACCAUUUUUGUAUAAAUAUUGUUGGAUGAAAUAUGCCUGAUUUUGAA